AUGGGGUCAUCUGUGUCCAAGGCUGCCCUCGGGGCCACCACGGAUGAGUUCAUGGAGCCUGAACCGAAACACCUAACUGAUCUAAUACAGUACAUAAAUGAAACAAAUAAGAGUGUUGAACACCUGGCUGAUGUUCUUUCUGAGAAAACAAGGAGCAGCAGCUGGGUGGUGGUGUUCAAAGCCCUGGUUACUGUGCAUCACCUUAUGGUGCAUGGAAAUGAGCGUUUUAUCAAACAUCUUGCAUCUAGAGACUCUCUGUUCACUUUACAAAACUUCCUGGAUAACAGUGUCACAGAAGGCCCUACUAUGUCAACUUUCAUCAGACAGUAUAGCAGGUACUUGAAUGAAAAGUCACUCGCAUAUAGACUGAUUGCAUCUGACAUCACCAAAACCAAGAGAGGGAUGGAUGGUAUGAUGAGAACUAUGAAUACUAAAGAGCUGCUCAACACACUUCAAAUAAUUCAAAUUCAAUUUGAUGCUCUUCUUAAUUUUAAGGCAAAUCCUGAUGAACUGACUAAUGGUAUAAUACAUGCUGCUUUCAUGCUCCUCUUUAAGGAUUCUGUUUGCCUCUUUGCAGCUUACAAUGAGGGAAUCAUUAAUCUGCUAGGCAAGUUUUUUGACAUGAGAAAGAGCCAAUGUGAGGCAAGUUUGGAUAUUUACAUCAAAUUCCUUGACAGAACAACCAAACUGGCACAGUUUCUGAAAGUUGCAGAGGAAGUUGGAAUUGACCAAAACAACAUUCCAUAUAUUACUCAGGCACCCCAAGGUUUACUUGAAGCACUAAAACAGCAUUUAGCUUCUUUGGAAGAGAAAAAUGAUGAUUUUCCUCCUUCCAAUCUCCAGCAAUCAUUGAUUCCCUCCAUUUCCAAUAGUUCAUUUGCGAAAGCUUCAUCAAGCCAAGCUUUGCUUUCAGCCCACAAACCUGUGGAAGCCAGACAAGCUUAUGGAACAAUAGCAGGAAACAAUCUUGAUGACUCAUUUACCAGCCUCCUAGAAAAUAUUAAAUUUGGAGAAAGCAGUUUUAAAUUUGGAGAAAGUCUAGUCAACAAAUUUGAUGUGAAGUCUCCUCAGUCUUCAGAGAUGGAAAUUACUGAUGGAAUGAACUGGUCAUUGAGUCCCAUUUCUAUUGAGCCUUUUGUCUACAAGGUACCACUUCCAGUGGCCUGUCCAGUGACUUCACAGCAUGUGCCUAUGUACGGAAUGGUUCCAGUUUCAGUAGGAUCCCCUUUCUCAGUGAAACCUCAAUCCGUGAUUUAUAACCAACCAGGCUUAGGGCCCAGAAUAUUUCCACUUUAUCAACCAGAAAUAAGGGACAAUCUAUGUGGAAGUAUUGAAGAAAAAAUAUUUGAAUUUAGACGUAAAAAAAGCAAUGACCUCUCUACAGCCUGAACUAAAUCAUCUACAUCUUCCAAGUAACAUAAACACUGAAUACUCUUGAGAUUCUUCAAUUUCAUGUUUUGGAGGUGAUACACCGUAUUUCUUUUGUUUUAUUAGUUAUCCUUAAAAACUAUCAAAAACCAAAGUUAAUACCUUAAAGCUUUCCUCUUAAGGAACACCAAGACCUUAGAAAUACUUGUAAAUUACAAGGGCAUUUCUAACUAAUUUGUAUGCUAUUGUGGUGAAAUAUUUUAGACCUGUGAAAUUAAAAGUAUUAUUAUUUAUAGAAACUUUUUGUUUAGAUUUAGCUAUGUGUUUAGAAAAUGUUUGUUUACCAGCCUUUUUUGCAUUGGAAUCAUUUCCCUCUCCCUGAACUAAAUCUUUUAGAAGUUUAUUUACUUUUGUUGUGUUGGUGAUACAUUAUUUUUGUUUAUGUGAAAAUAUAUUUCUUCAUACACAUUAUUUUAAAAAUAAAUUUCAAGUUGAUAUACA